CCUGUAUCUGUUUUAUUCCUGCUGAUUCUUCCUGUCCACCCACCAGGUUAUCUUCUCAUCUGCCUAUAUGUGACUCAUAAGGAGCAAACCUUUGUCACCAGUUGACAGUUUCACUUGGUGAUUUUUUUUUUCCACUGGUUAAGACGAAGGGUUGUAGCUUGAUGUGUUGAGUUGGAUUCUUCUACAUGUUGUACUAGAUGGUGCAACCUGUCACAAGGGUUGUCAUGAUUUCCUUUGAGCUCAGGAUGUGGGUAGAGUGUUGGCUGUAGCUGAGACCGAGGACAGCAUCGAUGCAGUAUGGAGAUCACCUCACUCUGUCUACUACUUUCAGCCACACUGAGCAUCCGUCCUGACAAAUCUCAGUUCUUUCGGUACGACCGCAUCUAUCUGAGCUGUGAUGCACCGCCAAACUCUACCGGCUGGACACUGAGGAAGCACAACUCCUCUGAGACGCCUGAACCCUGCGAGAAUGGCUGCAUGCUUGACGACGUCUACCCGUCAGACAGCGGAGUGUACUGGUGUGAGUCUGAGCAGGGCGAGUGUAGCAACACCAUCAACAUCACAGUGACCGCUGGUGUCGUGAUACUGGAAAGCCCUGCACUUCCUGUGAGGAAGGGAGAUGAGGUGACUCUCAGCUGCACCCACAAGGAAAGAUACUCAAAUAAUCCUACAUCAAAUUUCUCUGCCGCAUUCUACAAAAACAGUGUUUUCAUUGGUACCGAGCCUGAUGGAAUCCUGACCCUCCGAGCGGUGUCCAUGUCUGACAAAGGAUUCUACAAGUGUAAACACCCGACGAAAGGAGAGUCGCCGCAGAGCUGGCUGGGUGUGACAGUGAGAGCUCAGACUCCAGGUGUCCCUCUUCCUGACAUGCCUUGGUACAGACUGGUGUGCUCCCUCCUGCUGUUCCUCCUCUACAAAGCCAAACUCAUAUUGUGUUUUUACAUGUGCUGCAGGCUGGCUCUAGCUCGAGCUGAUGCUAAAAGGAGAGCGUCUGAUCAUUGAAUACUGGAAUGAAGAAGAGGAAGAGCUGUGAGUGUUUAUGUGCUGACUAAUCUGACUGGGAAGAAGGCAAUAUACUUAUUUUUGUAAAGUAGCUUUUUUAUUAGCUUCCCUUCACUGGCUCCUGUACAGCAGGCAGUGAUGGCCAAUGAGGCCUCAUGAACCACCGUCUUUAUUCUCUGAAGCCACUGGAUGGCACUGUCUGUUAAACAAAGGUUUGAAAGCACAUUUCACUGCCAUUCCUUCAGCCUUCAUCUUUAAACAAAGAGCGCCAUCUGGUUGGGUCAGAAAAUUAAAAAAAGUGGUUCAUGAGGCUUCAUUUGGCCAUCACUAAUUUAACAUGGUUGGUAUUUUUUUUUCACCGUUAUAAUCAUUAAAAAGCAAAAGCAGCAUGUGUAUACAUUCAGUAGGCUAUAUCUUCAGUAGCUAGCUAGCUAACCCUACACUUUUCAGGGUUUGAGUUUGUAGUGUCUCUCCUUUGAAUACAGGACUUUUAUUUGUGACAUUAUAUAUUCACAGUGUGGUAGCAGUGCUUUUACCAAAGUAAAGAAUCUGAAUACUCUUUCCACCGAUGACGAUGCCUUAGCACAGCAACACACCUGGAGCCACAACAUCAUUUCUACUCUUGUCCCAAGAGUACUUUAAUUUUUCAUACUUGAAGUACAUUUUGUUGAUAAUAUUUAGGAUGCAGUUUUGAAUGCAGCUGCUACUUUUAUUUGUAGUGCAGGACUUUGUGACACCCACUGUUUUUCAACAAAAGUUGUUAAAAUUUCUUUAAUUUCUAACAUAAUAUGUGUCAAUAUAAAUUAUCUGAAUUGGACUGGUCUAAUAAAAACAAAUGUCUGAUUCAUUAGUAAGUCUUUCCACAACAAGGGGACAAGGAAAAAAACUUACCUCUAACGCUCCUUUUAGUGAGUGAGUCCAAAAUAAUAAAUACAAUUAACUUGAGGUUUGCUGGAUGAAGAGCUGAAGAUCUCACCGCCAUUAUUUCAUUACUUAAUGAAUGAUAGAUAAAACAGUCAAUGCUGGUCGGGUGUUGUCAAAAGAGGCAUCUGCUGACUCCUCAAUGGUACUUUGGCUUGAGUGAGCCUGUACUUGGUCAUGCAGGAAGUAGCAUGGUAGACAUGGGUGAGCUUUGAGACAAAGGGCCCCACCAGCUCGCCCACACAGGAGCAAGACACAUUGAGUUAGUACUGGUUUUGUAUCUCUUUGUCGCCUUACACAUCUUUUGGUAGGUUUGUGUCUCUGUUUUUAUUUUGUGUCUCUGUUUUUAUUUUUUGUCUCCUUGUGGUUAUUUUGUAUCUCUUGGAGGUCAUUUUCUGUAUUAUUCAUUUAAUCAUUUUUGCCAUUUUGUGUAAUUUUGUAUUCAUUUUGUGUCUCCUUGUGGUCUGUAGUUGUUUAGUCAUUUAGGUUUUUUUAUUGUGUGUCUCUGACUUAACUUUAUAUGUCUUUUAGAUAAUUUUGUGUCUUUUUGAAGUAAUUCUUUAUCUCUUCUGGGUAAAUUUGUGUCUCUGAGGUGAUGUUGUGUCUUACUGGAGUAAAUUUGUGUCUC